AGAUGCUCGCUUGGCUCUCGCUGAUUCUGUUGUGCUCGCUAGCCUCCGCCCGUGAUUCAUCAUAUUCAAGCGGCUCAAUUUUGCGGGAUGUACGAGCAAUCGCACCAUCAUACUCAUCAUGGUGCAUCUUUUAUCCAGAGCGAUGCCGAUUGUUCAAUGCGCACGACAGCAUUGGUGGCUAUCGUCGGCGAUUUUUGUAGAAAUUCAAGGAUUUCACUGUUUCAAUCUUUAUAAUCUCAAAUAUAAGAACACCCAGUUAUGUUUUUGUUGGUUGAUAUCGAAGGCGUUACUUAAACGAUGAU